AUAAAUAUUUUUUAAAUUUUUUGUUUUGUUUUUAUUCUAUUAAGUUUCUGAUAUUUUUGUUGGUGGGGAGAGAGAGUUAAGUUGGGUUAUUAUUUUGUUUGAUUGGAGAUAGAAAGGCUUGUUGGUGAAUUUUGUUUCUUACACUUUUUAUUUUGACUUUCUUUCUCCGGCGAUGCCGACGCCGGUUUCUACGGCGAGAGAAUGCCUGACCGACGAAGCUGCUCGUGCUCUUGACGAUGCUGUUUCCGUCGCUCGUCGUAGAAGCCACGCCCAGACCACGUCGCUUCAUGCUGUUUCUGCUCUUCUUGCUAUGCCCUCCUCCAUUCUCCGCGAUAUUUGCGUCUCACGCGCCGCUCGGAGUAUUCCUUACUCCUCCAGUCUUCAAUUCCGUGCUCUCGAGCUCUGCGUCGGCGUCUCUCUCGACAGGCUUCCUUCCUCCAAGUCUCCGGCGACCGAUGAAGAUCCUCCGGUUUCCAAUUCCCUCAUGGCCGCGAUCAAACGUUCUCAGGCGAAUCAGCGACGGCACCCGGAGUCUUAUCACCUCCACCAGAUCCACGCCAGUAACGCCGUCGGCGGAUGUCAAACCACCGUUUUGAAAGUUGAGUUGAAGUACUUCUUACUCUCGAUCCUCGACGAUCCGAUUGUGAACCGGGUCUUUGGUGAAGCCGGGUUCCGGAGCUCCGAUAUCAAGCUUGAUGUGCUUCACCCUCCGGUAACGCAAUUCUCUUCCCGCUUCUCUCGAGGUCGUUGUCCGCCUCUCUUCCUCUGUAAUCUUCCCAACUCGGAUCCCAAUCGUGAGCUCCCGUUUAGUGGGGGCAGUGGAUUCGAUGAGAAUUCUCGGAGAAUCGGAGAAGUAUUAGGCCGGAAAGAUAGGAAGAACCCUCUGCUUGUUGGUAAUUGUGCUAACGAAGCUCUUAAAACGUUCAUCGAUUCGAUCAGUAGCGGGAAGCUAGGGCUCCUUCCAAUGGAGAUUAGCGGAUUAGGCGUGAUUAGCUUAGAUAAGGAGAUUAGUGAAAUUUUAGCCGAUGGUUCAAGAACUGACGAGGAGAUUCGUGGGAAAAUUGACGAUUUAGGAAGAAUCUUAGAGCAACCUGGCUCGAAAUCGGGGAUGGUGCUUAAUCUGGGAGAGUUCAAUGUCUUCACGAGUGAAGCUAAUGCUCUUGAGAAUUUAGUGUUGAAGCUCUCGGAUUUGCUGAAAGAUCAAAGUAAGAAACUUUGGUUCAUUGGAUGUGCAUCGAGCAACGAGACUUACACGAAGCUUAUCGGUCGGUUUCCUACCAUCGAGAAAGAUUGGGACCUUCAAGUCCUUCCAAUCACAGCCUCUAAACCCUCGAGUCAAGGGGUUUAUCCCAAAUCAAGCUUGAUGGGAUCCUUUGUUCCGUUUGGAGGGUUCUUCUCGUCAACAUCAGAUUUCAGAGUACCUUUGAGUAGCACAGUGAAUCAGACGCUGUCGAGAUGUCAACUCUGCAAUGAUAAGUAUUUGCAAGAAUUAGCCGCUGUUAUCAAGGCCGGUUCAAGUCUCUCUCUGGCUGACCAAUGUUCUGAGAAGUUACCCUCAUGGCUACGGGCUGCAGAGAUGGAAUUAGACAAGGGAACAGUGGGCAACAGUAAGGCUUCAGAUGGCGCUAACACGUCAGCCUCACAAACUGCAGCUCUGCAGAAGAAAUGGGACAAUAUAUGCCAAAGCAUCCAUCAUACUCCGGCAUUCCCUAAACUCAGCUUUCAGUCUGUGAGUCCACAGUUCCCAGUUCUGACCGAGAAGAGCAAGAGAAGCCCAACCGAUCCCCAUGGUCCAAUUAUUCCCAGCAGAACCCCUACAAGCUUCUUGGACGCGCCUAAACUACUGAAUCCGCCAAUCUCAAAGCCAAAACAUAUGGAGGAUCCCACGACAUUGGUGAUUAACCGGACGGUGAGUUCGCCUUUGAGCUGUGUUACUACAGAUUUAGGGUUGGGAGUAAUAUAUGCAUCAAAAAGCCAGGAAUCAAAAACAGCGAGGGAGAAACCGCUUCUGGUGACUCUAAACUCCUCUUUAGAGCAUACGUAUCAGAAAGAUUUCAAGUCUCUCAGAGAAUCACUCUCUCGUAAAGUUCCCUGGCAGACCGAAGCUGUGAAUGCCAUAAGCCAAAUUAUAUGUGGAUGCAAAAUCGACUCCACUAGAAAAAACCAAGCAAACGGAAUUUGGCUGGCUCUUCUUGGACCUGAUAAAGUCGGGAAGAAAAAAAUAGCAAUGACUCUUUCUGAAGUCUUCUUUGGUGGUCAGGUUAAUAGCAUCUGUGUAGAAUUUGGGGCAGAGCAUUUUUCUUCGGAUGACAAAUUUAGAGGCAAAACAGUGGUUGAUUACAUAACAGGUGAGUUAUCAAGGAAACCACACUCUGUUAUUUUACUAGAAAACGUGGAAAAAGCUGAGUUCCCGGAUCAGAUGAGAUUGUCUGAAGCUGUGAGUACCGGGAAACUCCGUGAUUCGCAUGGAAGAGUGAUCAGUCUGAAAAAUGUGAUUGUUGUUGUGACAUCUGAGAUUGCCAAGGAUAAUGCUAAUGAUCGUGUUAUUGAACCUGUGGAGUUUGAUGAGGAACAAGUUCUCAGCGCGAGAAGCUGGGAACUGCAGAUUAAGCUAGCAGAUGCUGCUAAAAUUGGGGUAAAUAAGAGAAAACAUGAGCUAGACACAGAGCAACGUGCAGCGAAAGUGCAACGUUCAUAUCUGGAUCUGAAUCUUCCAGUGAAUGAGACAGAAGUUAGCCUCGAUCAUGAGACAGAAGACAGGAAUGAUUGGUUCGAUGCUUUCAUUGAACAAGUAGACGGAAAGGUUAUGUUCAAACCGGUUGACUUCGAUGGGUUAGCCAAGACCAUUCAAGAAAAGAUCAGUUUGAAUUUUGAGCAGUGCUUUGGAUCCGAAACACAUCUAGAGAUUGAUAAAGAAGUGAUCAUCCAGAUUCUGGCAGCUUCAUGGUCAUCAUUACUAUCGGGCGAAGAAGAGAAAACAGUUGAUCAGUGGAUGCAAACCGUUCUUGUUCCGAGCUUUGCUGAAGCAAGACAGAAGUACGGUUCGAAUCCUAUGUUGGCCGUGAAGCUGGUUGCUUCUUCUUCUAGCGGUUUAGCUUCGGGAGUAGAGUUGCCGGCGAAGGUGGAUGUGAUGUGAUUACACGCAUAUAUAUAUAUAUAUAACUAAGGUAAUAAAUAGUUCAAAUCCUCAGAUUGUUUUGUCAUGGAAGAAAGUUUUUUUUUUGGCUUGUGUAAAUUACAAUGUAUAAUGGCUGAGCUAUCACUUGGUACAUAGGUUUGUGUAGGGGGUACCAAUUUGCCACAGCUUUUUUUGGCAUUUUGAGUUUAGGUAUUUCUCCUAAAUUUUUUGUAUUUAGAUGAAGUAAACCAUCUUCUCCGGUAACUGAUGUUGUAUAUUAUGCUUAUCGAAAUAUAGGAAUUGGCAUGUAACUGUGAGUGUUCUUUA